GUGACUGGCGGCUGUGGCUCCCAAUAGGCGCGGGCCGGUGGGCGUCGGGCUAUGCCGGGCUGUGCGCGGCCGCGCGGCGCGGCUGGAGUAGAGGCGCGACUGGUGGCGACAUGUUCCAGGUUCCAGAACGGGAGGGCGGCCGUGGCGCUUCAAGGGCCAUGAAGCCCCCGGGAGGAGAAUCGAGCAGUCUUUUUGGAAGUCUGGAAGAAGCUGCUCCAUCAAGCAGGCCCAAUAGGAUGGCAUCUAAUAUUUUUGGACCAACUGAAGAACCUCAGAACAUACCUAAGAGGACCAACCCCCCAGGGGGCAAAGGAAGUGGCAUCUUUGAUGAAAUGUCGCCUGUGCAGACUCGACAACGUUUGAACCCACCUGGUGGGAAGACCAGUGACAUUUUUGGGUCCCCAGUGGCUGCCACCUCACCAUUGGCACACCCCAACAAACCCAAGGACCACAUGCUUUUGUGUGAAGCAGACCCAAAGUCAGGCCGCAAAGCCGUGAGCACCUCGCCCAGAGAAGAGCCAGGUGAGAAAGGCAGCCUCAGGAAAGCCGACCACGCCCAGGAGCCCGUGCCCUCGCCUGACAGCCAUGAGCCCCGCUUGGGCCCGCGGCCCCGAUCUCACAACAAAGUCCUCAACCCACCCGGAGGCAAAUCCAGCAUCUCCUUCUACUAAGAGAAGCUGCCGCUUCCCCUGUAGCCACACAAGGAACUGAAGAGAGGAUUUCGCGUAUUGUAGUGUCUUUUAGCCCAAAGGAGUGGGGGUGGGGAGGGGGGUGUCACUUGUCUGAAGCCGCCGCUCAGGCUCCGUUGCGCCGUGCGAGCUGAGGAGGACCUUGCCUUCCAGGCUGCCGGGAGACUGGUCUUGGUGGGAUGAACCGUGACCCCUGGUGUGCGCUUGUGCGCGGUUCCUGAGGGGCAGGGCCCUCCACAUCCUUGUGUGCGUGAGCUGCCAGCUGAUUGGGUAUCUAACACUCACUAACUGCCAAGUUUAAAGCCUUAAAGCCAAAAACAACCUGUCCGUGGCUCUGGGACGGAGGAGCAGGGCUUUAAGCCAAAACGCUACUGCCGGGGGUCUGCGGACAGUCCCCAGCCGUUCACCUCGGGGGUACAGUGUCUGCCUUAAGGAUUCGGUUGCUGACCCCACCACCUCCUUUUACCUCCACCCCGGAGAAUUGCCCCGCACCCCUUUCUUGAAACCUCUAGAUUGCUUUUCUUGGCAGUGGUCAAAACCAGAAAGUUGUUCUAGGUCUUAAGCUUUAUGAUAAUACAGCUUUUGUAUCCUGAUCUCGGAGGUGCCCCAUGUCUGCCAUCAAACCUUGGCCGGAUCUUCCGUAGUCUCUGCCUUCCAUUCCCAGGGGGGCUGGUCUCUGCCCAGGUGGGUUUGCUUGUGAAUUGUUCCCCUUGUUUCUCAGCCUUAAGCCUCAGCCUCUGCUUUCAACAAUGAUGUGGGCAGUUCCCUUCACAAGCUACAGUUCUUCCUAUUGCAAGGCCCACCGACUCCUGCAAGACUUGAAAACUCCCAUCAGAUAUGUGCAGGCGGGGGGCUGUGUAGACCUCUCUGUGUCUGUCUGUUCCUGCUGCAGCGGGAGGAGGAGAUGCCCUGGGACCUUAGGUUCCCUGGUCUGAACUCUUUCUGUCUGCAGAGUUCUUCUAGAAUACCAGGCUUAUGUGAGUGACUGUUGACUUUGGUCUGUUUCUGACACCUUUCUAGAAAAAAGCCAGUUGCUCAGUUACACCAAAGAGGAAGAUUUGCUUAGGCCACGCAUGAUAAAGCUUUGCAAAACCUCUGGGCCAUAGUCACAGUUCCCAGGAGGUUAAGGAGUUUGCCAGCCAAGUCUCAACUGGCCAACUCCAUAUCUGCCUGCACAGAUGACAGGCCGGCAAGAGUUGUGGUGCUUUCAUCUGUCAGGCAGCAGGUUGUGCCACUCAGCCUCUCGUGGGCUACAGGCUCAGUUCCUGUACUUCACUCCUGUUGAAACAGCAGUUCAUGAGGGAGGGUCUAGGUGGUGGCGAAUGUUAGCAGAAGUGCCUACAAAGUUAACGCCAGGUGCUAAUGUCAGCAUUAAAAUGCAGAAAGGCAAACUCACAGCAUCCUGGACACCAUAGUGCCUAUAGGAGCUGCCUGCCAAGCUCCACAUGCCCAGCACACUGAGGGCAUCUGCACGUCACUCUGUCAACCAAAGAUGGUUUUCCCCUUUGGUGGCCCGGCUGACCAUGGAGAAACAACUCCGUGUGACUCUAGCAAGUACUUCUAUACCCGUCAUUCAGAAACGUUCAAAUGGUCGUUUGUAAAUUUAUUUGGAAUUCAGUGCAUUUUCUCCCAGUUCAAAUAUGUCAUAGAUGGUGGGUAGCCAUCUACCCACACAUAACCGAACACACUACCUUCUUUAACUUAACAAAGUGUUCUAAUGGUGCAAGUGAACUACUAUCAUUUAACUUUGGUUUUGCUUUUUAACGUAUAAGAUGAUGUGUGAAUUCCAGGUUAGAUUGCCGAGAACCUGGCAUUGCUGUGCUGGCCCUCACAGACCACCCACAGGAGCCAGAGCCACAGCAGGGCCAGGUGCCCACUUUACCUUGUCCACAUCUUCCCCUCCUGUGGCUGUGGGAGUGAGUUUCAAGUACCUGAGCAGUCUGGUCGCUGGGAGGAGCAGAAGAGGGGCUUCUGCUCAUGUGAGCCUGUGGGGGUGGCCAUUCAGAUUUUGAAAAUGCUGUGUCGGGGACUGCCUGUGUUUGGAAGAUUCAUUAACUCUUAGCACCCUGUUCUCAACCUCUACGCUGAAUUGAGAAAUUACUCAUCUGUAUCUUUAUUGAGCUUUAAAACUUACGUGCAUUUGGUGCCAACAUUUUUCCAGAGCUCUAAAACCUGUACUCACAUCACAGUGCAAUUUGAUAGGAACAUUGUGUUAUUUUUACGAGGCAGCAUUGGAUUAUAGUUGAAUUAAACGUAGUGAUGAGCACUCGA